CGGGGAGGCAAGGGCGGGCUGGGCGUAUUCGACGAGCGCCGCGGCGGUUGGCGUAGCGGACGGGGUGCAGCCUCCCCGGUGUGAGGAACGGUCUCCGCUGACAGAUCCCCUUCUUCCGGCCGCGCCACUCGGGAGGCGGAUCCCCUGGGCCUGAGGAGGCUUCCCCCGCCCGGCUUGCUUUCCCUCCCUCCCUGGCGCUGCCGCGAGUCCACCGAGCGGCCUCUGAGGAGCAGCCGCAGGAGGAGGAGGAGGUCGUCGGGGGCGGCGGGCGAAGACCGCGCUCUCGCUUCCCCGGCGGCGGCGGGGGCAGGACAAUGGAGGUGGCUGUGGAGAAGGCGGCGGCGGCAGCGGCAGCGGCCUCGGCGGCGGCCUCCGGGGGGCCCUCGGCGGCGCCGAGCGGGGAGAACGAGGCCGAGAGUCGGCAGGGCCCGGACUCGGAGCGCGGCGGCGAGGCGGCCCGGCUCAACCUGUUGGACACUUGCGCCGUGUGCCACCAGAACAUCCAGAGCCGGGCGCCCAAGCUGCUGCCCUGCCUGCACUCUUUCUGCCAGCGCUGCCUACCCGCGCCCCAGCGCUACCUCAUGCUGCCCGCGCCCAUGCUGGGCUCCGCCGAGACCCCGCCGCCCGUCCCUGCCCCCGGCUCGCCGGUCAGCGGCUCGUCGCCGUUCGCCACCCAAGUAGGUUGUCAUUCAUGCCCAGUUUGCAGCCAAGAAUGUGCAGAGAGACACAUCAUAGAUAACUUUUUUGUGAAGGACACUACUAGGUUCCCCAGCAGUACAGUAGAAAAGUCAAAUCAGGUGUGUACAAGCUGUGAGGACAACGCAGAAGCUAAUGGGUUUUGUGGGAGGUGUUGAAUGGCUCGCAAGACGUGUAUCAGAGCUCAUCAGAGGGUAAAGUUCACAAAAGACCAUACUGUCAGACAGAAAGAGGAAGUAUCUCCAGGUAAUACAUGACUACGAUCGUGUUUUCGUCCUUUUCAUAAAAAGGAGCAGUUGAAGCUGAAUUGUGAGGAGAGGUGUGACAAACUGACAUGUCGAGACUGUCAGUUAUUAGAGCAUAAAGAACAUAGAUAUCAAUUUAUAGAAGAAGCUUUUCAGAAUCAGAAAGUGAUCAUAGAUACACUAAUCACCAAACUGAUGGAAAAAACAAAAUACAUAAAAUUCACAGGAAAUCAGAUCCAAAACAGAAUUAUUGAAGUAAAUCAAAAUCAAAAGCAGGUGGAACAGGAUAUUAAAGUUGCUAUAUUUACAUUGAUGGUAGAAAUAAAUAAAAAAGGAAAAGCUCUACUGCAUCAGUUAGAGAGCCUUGCAAAGGACCAUCGCAUGAAACUUAUGCAACAACAACAGGAAGUGGCUGGACUUUCUAAACAAUUGGAGCAUGUCAUGCAUUUUUCUAAAUGGGCAGUUUCCAGUGGCAGCAGCACAGCAUUACUUUAUAGCAAACGACUGAUUACAUACCGGUUACGGCACCUCCUUCGUGCAAGGUGUGAUGCAUCCCCAGUGACCAACAACACCAUCCAAUUUCACUGUGAUCCUAGUUUCUGGGCUCAAAAUAUUAUCAACUUAGGUUCUUUAGUAAUUGAGGAUAAAGAGAGCCAGCCACAAAUGCCUAAGCAGAAUCCUGUCGUGGAACAGAAUUCACAGCCACCAAGUGGUUUAUCAUCAAACCAGUUAUCCAAGUUCCCAACACAGAUCAGCCUAGCUCAAUUACGGCUCCAGCAUAUGCAGCAACAGGUAAUGGCUCAGAGGCAACAGGUGCAACGGAGGCCAGCACCUGUGGGUUUACCAAACCCUAGAAUGCAGGGGCCCAUCCAGCAACCUUCCAUCUCUCAUCAGCAACCUCCUCCACGUUUGAUAAACUUUCAGAAUCACAGCCCCAAACCCAAUGGACCAGUUCUUCCUCCUCAUCCUCAACAACUGAGGUAUCCACCAAACCAGAAUAUACCACGACAAGCAAUAAAGCCCAAUCCCCUACAGAUGGCUUUCUUGGCUCAACAAGCCAUAAAACAGUGGCAGAUCAGCAGUGGACAGGGAACCCCAUCAACUACCAACAGCACAUCCUCUACUCCUUCCAGUCCCACGAUUACUAGUGCAGCAGGAUACGAUGGAAAGGCUUUUGGUUCACCUAUGAUCGACUUGAGCUCACCAGUGGGAGGGUCUUAUAAUCUUCCCUCUCUUCCAGAUAUUGACUGUUCGAGUACUAUUAUGCUGGACAAUAUUGUGAGAAAAGAUACUAAUAUAGAUCAUGGCCAGCCAAGACCACCCUCAAACAGAACGGUCCAGUCACCAAAUUCAUCAGUGCCAUCUCCAGGCCUUGCAGGACCUGUUACUAUGACUAGUGUACACCCCCCAAUACGUUCACCUAGUGCCUCCAGCGUUGGAAGCCGAGGAAGCUCUGGCUCUUCCAGCAAACCAGCAGGAGCUGACUCUACACACAAAGUCCCAGUGGUCAUGUUGGAGCCAAUUCGAAUAAAACAAGAAAACAGUGGACCACCAGAAAAUUAUGAUUUCCCUGUUGUUAUAGUGAAGCAAGAGUCAGAUGAAGAAUCUAGGCCUCAAAAUGCCAAUUAUCCAAGAAGCAUACUCACCUCCCUGCUCUUAAAUAGCAGUCAGAGCUCUACUUCUGAGGAGACUGUGCUAAGAUCAGAUGCCCCUGAUAGUACAGGAGAUCAACCUGGACUUCACCAGGAGAAUUCCUCAAAUGGAAAGUCUGAGUGGCUGGAUCCUUCCCAGAAGUCACCCCUUCAUGUUGGAGAGACAAGGAAAGAGGAUGACCCCAAUGAGGACUGGUGUGCAGUUUGUCAAAACGGAGGGGAACUCCUCUGCUGUGAAAAGUGCCCCAAAGUAUUCCAUCUUUCUUGUCAUGUGCCCACAUUGACAAAUUUUCCAAGUGGAGAGUGGAUUUGUACUUUCUGCCGAGACUUAUCUAAACCAGAAGUUGAAUAUGAUUGUGAUGCUCCCAGUCACAACUCAGAAAAAAAGAAAACUGAAGGCCUUGUUAAAUUAACACCUAUAGAUAAAAGGAAGUGUGAACGCCUACUUUUAUUUCUUUACUGCCAUGAAAUGAGCCUGGCUUUUCAAGACCCUGUUCCUCUAACUGUGCCUGAUUAUUACAAAAUAAUUAAAAAUCCAAUGGAUUUGUCAACCAUCAAGAAAAGACUACAAGAAGAUUAUUCCAUGUACUCAAAACCUGAAGAUUUUGUAGCUGAUUUUAGAUUGAUCUUUCAAAACUGUGCUGAAUUCAAUGAGCCUGAUUCAGAAGUAGCCAAUGCUGGUAUAAAACUUGAAAAUUAUUUUGAAGAACUUCUAAAGAACCUCUAUCCAGAUAAAAGGUUUCCCAAACCAGAAUUCAGGAAUGAAUCUGAAGAUAAUAAAUUUAGUGAUGAUUCAGAUGAUGACUUUGUACAGCCCCGGAAGAAACGCCUCAAAAGCAUUGAAGAACGCCAGUUGCUUAAAUAAUAUGCAGCACCACUAGCUUGUGCUGGUUUUUAGAUUUUUUUUGUUUUCAAAAAAACAUUUGUCAGUAAUUUAACAUCACUACAAAGAAGAGUUUGUGACUACUCUGAUCUCUGUUUUGGACGUUUACUAGACUUUGAUUUCCUUAAUAGCCCAUUUCUGUUAACCUCUUAUCACUAAGAAAGAAGGAGAUGAAUGGAAGAAAGAAAAUGGAGAGAAGGAAAAAAGGAGGAUAGAAAAAGGAUGGAAGAAAAAAGGAUGGAAGAAAGAAGCAUUUUGAAAAAAAAGACAUUCUUCCCCCUUCUUGGAUUUUUAAACCACAAUCUGGAGCGAUAGCUGCUGUAGAAAGGAAAUAGACUUUGUAUGAACUCUUCAGUUGAAAAGUAUACGUGGUUUGGAUGUGUGCGUUAAUUCAGUUUUAGAAAUUAAUACCACUACCCAUGAAUUAUAUGGCCUGAUAAUGUGAGUUAGGUGUACUGUACUAAAGAACAGUACUCCGCAAACAUGGGUGGUAACAAGAGUUCCAUCCCAGGAGGCCAAACGGUGCAACAGAAGGGUAGGUUAGAUGCUAUUAAGAAGGCACCUGAUAGUACAUCAUGUAAGAUGGCAACUGUAUUAAAGAAAAAUCCGGAAAACAAAUGUUUGAUUUUUGUUUUUUGUUUUUAUCUUGUCUGUAGAGGUGUUUGGUAUAGCAGGUUUUCAAGGCCACUUUUUAUACAUUUCUAGAUCUAGAUUUUCAACUUCUUCCACUGAGGGAAGUAUACACAUUUGGUUUUGCUGUGUGUCUAUGUGAGGUUUAACUGUACAGGUGAUCCUUUUACAACAAGCCUCAUUGUUUGCAGUAUAGCUGUUAGUGGAACUAUCCAAAAUAUAAAUACAGCAGCGUGCACUGUAUUUGAUGUGAGGUUUCUUCAUCUACUGGGCAUUAAAUAUAAGUUCCUCUGAAAGGGACUCGUUUUUGUGGUUUUCAUCUGUCUGUAAUUUGGAAUGAAAAUGUGUUGUGGGAUUUUGGGAGCAGGCAGUUGGGGGGAAUUAAUAGUGAUUUUUUUUUUCUGAAGCAUCUAAUGUUUUUCUUUCGAGAGUCAGAACAUCAAAUUUAAUCUUUGAUCUGACUUCUGAUUUUAUUCUCCUGAUAGAGAUACAAAAGACCUAUCUUCUGAGGACAAGCAUAUUCUUAAUGUGCCAGACCUACCCAGUUCAACUGAUCUAGACAGAAGAAAAUUGCUGUGCCAUACACUAAUCCAGCGUUUGACACAAUACCUAAAUGGUUUGCCGAAGUUAAUCUUUAUUUAUAAAACAUUAACUGGAGUAAAUUUUUCUCCUUAGGAUGAUAGAAUAAAAAGAGCUCACUUUAAAGAAGGCUAUUAUUUGCAUUAUAUCACCUCCCAUAAAUUUAACAUAGAAGACUUGGUUUUAUCUACAUGGCUUUACUUCUUAAAGUGGAAAAUACCCUGUGGCUAAUUCAUUGAGUUUUCAGGUAUUGCUAAAGAUAAAAUAUAGGGAGAAAAUAACUUGUUAGCAAUAGCUUCCCAUUGUUUAUAUGUAGGUCUUGUUCAUAAUAUGUCAAUUACAUAUUGUUAAAAAGUCCUAAUCGCUUUUCCAAAUAUGUGUUACAUGGUAAUGUUUGUCAUUGUUGUUUUAAAGUUGCAUUUGACAUUUGUUCUCCAAAGAGUGUUUGAACAGAUUUUGAUAACAGU